AGGUCCUCAAACAUGCGCCAUUGAAAACAAACGUAGCGGAUACGGCGGGGGUUGAUUUUUAAUGCUAACUAGUAAGAAGCAUUAACUAUUUUUUUUUUAUAAAAGUACGACACAUUAAUAAACAAUGGAGACGAUAUUAGAGCAACAGCGUCGCUACCACGAAGAGAAGGAGAGGCUAAUGGAUGCUAAAACAAAAGAAAUGUUACACAAGAAGUCUACGCUGCGGGAACAGAUUAACUCUGACCAUCGAACAAGAGCAAUGUUGGAUAGGUACAUGGACGUGAGCUCAAAUGUCAGAGACUCCUAUGAAGACAAAGAUGGAAUGAGAAAGGAUGAACUCGCUGCGAUCUCCGGACCAAAUGAGUUUGCAGAGUUCUACAACCGACUGAAACAGAUAAAGGAGUUUCACAGGAAGCAUCCAAACGAGAUUUCCAUCCCCAUGUCUGCAGAGUUUGAGGAGCUGAUGAAGGCCAGAGAAAACCCCACCGAGGAGGAGCAGAACCUGGUGGAGUUCUCUGACGAGGAGGGAUACGGCCGCUACCUGGACCUCCACGACUGCUACCUGAAGUUCAUCAACCUGAAGGGCGCUGAGAAACUCGAGUACAUCUCUUUCCUGUCUUCAUUCGACCAGCUUUUUGACAUCCCGAAGGACCGCAAGAAUGCUGAGUACAAAAAGUAUCUGGAGAUGCUGCUGGAGUAUCUGCAGGACUACACGGACCGCGUCAAACCGCUGCUCGACCAGAACGAGCUCUACGGGAAAGUUCUGUUAGACUUUGAGAAGAAAUGGGACAACGGGACUUUCCCAGGCUGGCCUAAAGAGACGAGUAGCGCUUUGACACACGCUGGAGCUCAUCUGGACCUCUCUGCCUUUUCUUCUUGGGAGGAGUUGGCUUCUUUGGGUCUGGACAGGUUGAAGUCGGCUCUCAUGGCGUUGGGUCUGAAGUGUGGAGGGACUCUGGAGGAGAGAGCUCAGAGGCUCUUCAGCACAAAGGGUAAAUCCCUGGAGUCUCUGGAUCCUUCUCUGUUUGCCAAGAACCCUAAAGCCAAAGGCCCUAAAAAAGACACGGAGCGGAACAAGGAGAUUGGCUUCCUGGAAGCUCAAGUGUACGAGUACGUGGAGAUCCUCGGGGAGCAGAGGCAGCUGACUCACGAGAACGUCCAGAGGAAACAGGCCAGGACCGGAGAGGAGCGCGAGGAAGAGGAGGAGGAGCAGCUGAGUGAGAGCGAGAGCGAAGACGAAGACAACGAGAUCAUUUACAACCCCAAGAACCUGCCGCUGGGCUGGGACGGCAAGCCGAUCCCUUACUGGCUCUAUAAACUCCACGGGCUGAACAUCAACUACAACUGUGAGAUCUGUGGAAACUACACGUACAGAGGACCCAAAGCCUUCCAGAGGCACUUUGCAGAGUGGAGACAUGCUCACGGUAUGCGCUGCCUGGGGAUCCCCAACACGGCUCACUUCGCCAACGUCACACAGAUCGAGGACGCCGUCUCCUUGUGGGCGAAGCUGAAGUCCCAGAAGGCAUUGGAGCGGUGGCAGCCGGACACGGAGGAGGAGUACGAGGACUCGAGCGGCAACGUGGUGAACAAGAAGACGUACGAGGACCUGAAGCGACAGGGUCUGCUGUAGACUCGCAGGAUCAAUGAGAACAUCCGACGCUCGUCCUUUAACAUUUGCUAUAUUUUUUAUCACCCAUGUUUCUUUUUAAUUGUAAGUAGUGAUGUUGUGCAGCCUGCAUCCUCCCUGUGACGACGCUGUCCUGCGGCACACACGGAUCAUUAUAAUAAACAGUACUUUUGUCUUUA